AGUGCUGCGGGCGGCCUUCUUGGCGCGUUCAGCCGCCCUAGUGCCCCGGUGCGGUUCCGCUCGUCAGCCCUGCACAACGUCAGAGCUCCAGGGUCCCUCUUGAGAGCGAGCCGAGCGGCACGUCCGCUGCAGAAGACCGGAGAGGCGGUGGGACGGGCUGUGGCCAGCGGGGACAGGGCUGGGGCUGGACUCCCGGGCGCCUCCCCUCCGUAGGCUUCGGGGAGCGGAUCCCGAGGCUCCGGCCCCGCCCCUCCGUACCUACAGGCUCGGGCCGGCCGGGCCACGGGUUCCCGGUAGGGGGCGGCCUCUCACCGUGCCUCUGGUUCCUCCGCAGCCACCGCCCGGGCCGCGGCUCCUCCCCCGACCCCGCCUCCCCGGCCUCGCGCCGCCCGCCUGUCCGCCGGUCUCUGCAAGACCGUCGGUCUGUCCGCUCGCUCGUCCGUCCGCUGCCCGGGUCCCGCUAGCCCGAGUGCGCGAGUCGAUUCGUCGGUUCCGGCCACCACAAACCCGUCUCCCGCCCCGAAGCGGUCCGCCUCUGCUACGCGAGGCCGGGGAUUGGCAGGGCGCGUAGGCCGCGGCGCGGCGGAUGGAGCCGGAAUAAAGAGGCAGCCGAGAAAGCAGCUGGUCUCUGCUCGCCCCGCGCCUGACCGCGCAGGCGGCCUGGAGCAGAACCGAUUACUGGGGAAAGCAGAGCCUUCUCGGCAUUGCUGGGACCCUGUCCCGAAGAGCCCCCUGCCCUGUAAGCACUGCCUUGUAGGCUGUCUUCUUGGCUCAUGACAAGGGCUAUCUGACCGGCCCUCCUCUGUGCCUUGUGUGAGGUCCUUGUCCGACCCUGACAUCCAGUAGCUUCUCUCAGGGUUGGGUUCACCUUGAGCGGGAAACUGAAGCCAUUACUGUCCAAACCCAGUUUCAUCUUCCCAAGCAUGUCGGAAAGUUGGCAGCAGCCACCACAGACGCAGCCACAACAGCCACAGCCCCCACAGCCUCAGCACCAUGCAGAGCCACCCCCAGCCUUGGCUGAACACACGCUGCCCCCGGGCACGGCUGAGAACCCGCUAGGCUGUGCUGUCUAUGGCAUACUGCUGCAACCUGACCCAGGCCUGCAGCCCCCACAGCAUGCACCUCUGCAAGCAGGGGAGCCCGGCCCCAAAUGUGGUGUGUGUGGCCAUGACCUUGCACACCUCUCCAGCCCUCACGAGCACCAGUGCCUGGCAGGCCACGACCGCUCCUUCCAGUGCACACAGUGUCUGAAGAUAUUCCAUCAGGCCACUGAUCUGCUGGAACACCAGUGUGUGCAGGCCGAGCAGAAGCCUUUUGUCUGCGGUGUCUGCAAAAUGGGCUUCUCACUGCUCACCUCACUGGCUCAGCACCACAGCUCCCACACUGGCAUGGUGAAGUGCUCCAUCUGUGAUAAGACCUAUAAGCCAGCGGAGGCUGCCGAACCGGCCACCACUACUGCCCCAUCGCUGCCCUCGGCACCUCCACCCACUAAUGUCGCCCCUGUGGAACAGCCUGAGAAGCCCUACAGCUGCCCUAUCUGCCAGAAACCCUUUAAGCACCUGUCAGAGCUCUCCCGGCACGAGCGGAUCCACACUGGAGAGAAGCCUUACAAGUGCACGCUGUGUGACAAGAGCUUCAGCCAGUCCUCCCACCUGGUGCACCACAAGCGCACGCACAGCUCCGAGCGGCCCUACAAGUGCGCGGUCUGCGAGAAGACCUUCAAGCAUCGCUCCCACCUGGUGCGCCACAUGUAUGCGCACUCGGGAGAGCACCACCUGUUCCGCUGCAACGUGUGCGAGCUGCACUUCAAAGAGUCGUCUGAGUUGCUGCAGCACCCUUGCACCCCAAGCGGUGAGCGGCCCUUUCGCUGCGGCGAGUGCCAGAAGGCCUUCAAGAGGCCAUCGGACCUGCGGCAGCACGAGCGUACUCACAGUGCCGAGAGGCCCUUCAAGUGUGACCUGUGCCCCAUGGGCUUUAAGCAGCAGUAUGCGCUGAUGCGGCACCGGCGCACACACAAGACAGAGGAGCCCUUCAAGUGCGGCCUGUGUGAGAAGGGCUUUGGGCAGCCGAGUCACCUGCUCUACCACCAGCACGUGCACACCCUGGAGACUCUCUUCAAGUGCCCCGUGUGCCAGAAGGGCUUCGACCAGUCUGCUGAGCUGCUGCGGCACAAGUGCUUGCCGACCUCCACAGAGCGGCCCUUCAAGUGCCCGGUGUGCAACAAGGCCUACAAGCGGGCGUCUGCCCUGCAGAAGCACCAGCUGUCGCACUGCGCAGCCGCAGAGAAGCCUCUGCGCUGCACCCUGUGUGAGCGCCGCUUUUUCUCUUCCUCGGAGUUCGUGCAGCACCGCUGUGACCCGGCCCGGGAGAAACCGCUCAAAUGCCCGGACUGUGAGAAGCGCUUCAAGUACGCUUCAGACCUGCAGCGUCACCGGCGGGUGCACACGGGUGAGAAGCCCUACAAGUGCCCUAACUGCGAUAAAGCCUUCAAGCAGCGCGAGCAUCUCAACAAGCACCAGGGCGUGCACGCCCGCGAGCAGCAGUUCAAGUGUGUGUGGUGUGGCGAACGCUUCCUGGAUGUGGCGCUGCUCCAGGAGCACAGUGCCCAGCACAGCGCUGCCGCUGCGGCUGCAGAGGGCGCCUACCAGGUGGCGGCCUGCCUGCCCUGAGGCCUCGGGGCCACCACCUGCCCUGUCCAGUCUCGCCUGCUUGCAGCUGCAUGGCAGCAAGCCUGUCAACCAGCUCCUCCUCAGGAGUGAGGACCAAAGGGUUCUGGGCAGGUGGAGGGUGUGCAUGUUCAGUUCUCCUAGAACCAGACCAGCCAUGGGAGGAGCCAAACUGCUGGGGCCAGACCAGAUUCCAUUAACCUCUACCCCACGACAGAACUUGCUUUCUGAGAUCCUGCUGCCCCCCUCCCCCAAUCUAUAGGGAACUUGAAUCCCACCUGUAGUCAGGUGCCUCUGCCCCUAGGUGUGAGGGAUGUCAACCCUGCCUUCCCAAAUCGUUCAGCCUAGUUAGAAGUCAGGUGACUCGGGAAGAAGGAAGUAGGGUUUCUCCCCAGAUUGAUUUUUUUUUAGGGGGGGUGGCCAGCUUUGUGACAGUUCUGGAGACUUAGAGUAUGGACCAUGAGCUACAGUCUCGGAUUGCCCAGCUAGGAUGAAUGUGCCCGAACCCCAAGUUUCUGGUAGUUGAGAUAAGUAGGAUAGGAGUCUUUGGGCAGGGGGUGCUUGAAGCCUAGGGGCCAGGGUGGGGGAAGCAGAGACAUCCCAUGACACCCUCGGGUCAGCCAGUGCUAUCCACAGGGAAAGGGACACAAGCCUGUGUGCCAAGGGCGGUCCUGAGUCUGUGGAAGCCCCUCCUGCCUGUGAGUGGUUCUGAGCGUCAGGGCAGAGAGUGUGCCCUUGCCAGAGCUGCAGCUGUAGAAGGGGGAGGCUGUUAGUCCCCUCACUCCAACCUCAUUCCUGGGGUGGGGAGGAAGGAGGACCAAGCCCAUGAUUUCCUCAGCAGUCAUAACCAGGCCCCUUCCCAAAUUGUGUGAACCAAAGUGUCUGAGGCUCCAAGUCAUGACUUCAGCUUGUCCCAGCCCUGCCAAAUGGAGUUCUGGGCACCCAGGGUGGGGAAUGGCUUCUCACCCCACAGAGCCCUUCUGACCCAUGGAUACCAUGAGCCAGCAGUCUGGUCAUGGGCUUGGGCACUGUUGCCAAAACAACCUGCUCUCUGUUGAGUCCUGGCGUCCCCUUAGGCCUUUGGCUACUCACAGCCUGCCUCCUAUAGCAAACUUGGGGACACAAGGAUAAAGGAGCCUAUUGGGCAGCAUUCUUAGCAGGUACAUGGUCGGCCACCAUCACUGGAUGGCCAGAGCCAAUUCAAGAACCUGGAGUAUCUUUGUUGACAAAGUCAUUCUAAACCCAGCCCUGCCCAUGCCCUCCUCAGCCCCCCCCCCCAUGAGUCUUGAAAGAAGACUCACUGGCACCCAAGCCAAGGGCCAGGCAGUAGGAAGACACCACCACACCUCUCAUCUCCAAAAGUCCAGCUGGUCGCAUGCACCUGCUCUGUCUGCCCAGGCCCUGGCCUGCGGCCGCAGAGACAUACUAACACUCCUCUUGACCUGACUUGUCACAAAGCCUCAACAGACUGGAACUCAGGCUACAACAGUCCAGUCAUACCUGCUCAUUUCCCCUUUGAUUUUGCAUUCUAAAAGCAGUUUGUUAUACUAUUCAUAACAUUGUAUAGCUUACUUUCAUGUCAUUUUGGAUCAUAUAUAAAUAUGAGAGUUUGGAAUUUUUAAAAGAAUGACUCCAUUUUAGGCAGCCACUUUUGAUGUUAAUAUCCAGUGAGUGUGACGUAUGCUGUAGAAGUAAAGACAUUGACCCGUGUGGCCCACAGCUCUUCCACUGUUCUUUCCGAAGGGAAUGAUGGGAGGUACAGAGGCUGAAAGCCGCACAAACCAGAGAGGCAGGUGGGGGCUAGGCUUCAAUCCUGAGCUUUGAGGCUUCCAGCUGUGUGACCUUGGAAUGGUCACUUAACCUCUUUGACAUAGUUGCCUCAUCUGGCCACCAAAAACCAAACUGGGAGGCUAACUUGCCUCUAUUGUGAGAAUUGCAUGAAGUCAUUGUUGAGACUGAGGGGAAGCUAUGGACAAGCUGACAGGUACCAGGUGCAGUGUUCCACACCCCAGCUAUGGUUUAACCAUAGCCCUUGAGGAGGGAGCUAGACUGUGAGAAACCAGCAGCUCAUGAAAAGUCGGAAGCUGGAGAUGGCAAAAAGAUGUAUUCAUGUUCUCCCUGGAACAGCAGUGGACUCACCAAGCCCGGCCAGCCCACUCUCACCGUUUGGUCUGCACCACAGUGAUCCCUUAGUGGGCCGAGCCCAGUGCCUUUACCUCCGACCUUAAACACAUUUCUCCUUGUGCUCCAUCCUUGCCUACAGCAGUCUGUCUGCAACUCACAUAGGCCAGAGUGGAACUGGAGAGAGGGAGAGAUAGCCCUCAGCCUGGCAUCUGAGAGCCAAGGGCACCCUGUCCUAGGUAAAAGGUAGAAAGGUAAAGGGCAUGGAGCUACCCAUACCACACGUGUUCUAAGAGUGACCCGUUCCUCGUGUCUGUGCCAGGCUCCAGGCCGCUUAUUUUCUAGUUGUGUGACCCAGGUGACACUGCUUGGUGGGUAGGACAGGCCUGGCCAUUCCUCUGUCCAGACCAUUUGGAGGCUCGGGGACCGUUCAAGCCACACAGUGGUAAGUGCCCUGGAGUUCCACCUGCAUACAUGUGGAAGACAGGCAAUGUGGCCAGGACAUGCCUGGCAAUCUGGCUCCAGGUCACUUUUCUGACCAGGACUGUCCCUGACACCCAGUCUGGCCAGGGGAUCAAGGCUACAAAAUGUUCCUCCUGCCCCAGCUGGUGCUCAGCUCCCUGACAAACCCAAACUACUGUUGUCUGCUUUCCCGUGCAGGCAGAGGGAUAGGUCCUUAAAGGGCCUGCCCUCGUGGUACUGCCACAGAAGGUCACCUCCAACCUGCACCUCCUUCCUGGCCCAUAACCCUGCUCUCCCUCCAGAGCUGACUGACGACGUCCCACCCUGGACUACUCGCUCUGUGACAGUCCAGAAGGCCCCCAGCCAGGCUCUGGUGAUGAGGUCUGCAUCCCACCCUCAAGCAAGCAUUUCAGUCCCUAGAGGUCACAACCCCAGGAUAAGCCUUGGCUGCUGUCAGUCUGCAUUUCCAGAGGCUUCUGCUGCACUAUCCUGUAAACAGCAGUCUGUGGGGACAGGAUUGUGGGGUCUCCCCCUUCCCUAUGUCCCCGCCCAACCCUGGCUCCGCAUUCCUGCCUUUGUUACCUCCAUGACCAUAACUGAGCACCGCUGUUUGCCAGGCACAAGACAAGAACUUCAGACGAGAGUUUAAAUGAGAAGUAGAGUGGGGUGGAGGAGAAGGUCCAGUUAGCGCAGUACCUGCUGCUCGAGAAUGGGGACCUGAGUUUAAAUACCCAACACCUACAUGGUUGUAUCCGUAGGCUGGGAGCACAGGUGGGGGAAUGACAGGACAUAUGGGCAUUCCUGGAGCUCCUACCAGUCAGUCUAGCCAUUUUGGUGAAUACUGGAUUCAGUGAGAGACCCUGUUUCAAAAAAUUAGGUGGGGAAUGAUUGAGGACACCCAUGUUGACCUCUAGCCUCCACAUGUAUGUGCAGCCACAGGCAAACACAGUAAAAAACGGCCACUGCCAUCCGGGAACAGUCCCACAUCUUCACCACGCCCCAUCUCAGCUUGAGCAUUAUUUCUGAGCCCGCUCCAGCCCCUGGGCUAUGAUGCAUUUCCCCUAUGCUGCUCUGUAAUAAACACUACUGUUUCUUUAUAGUAGGAAUUUCAUUGAGUUCAAAUUUACUUGCAUUGGUUCUGGAGACCCCAGAUCCCAUUCCUGAACCUCAUAAUGGAGGUAAAAGGAGCUGGCAACUAAUACUAUUGGCCAGAUAUGUGCAUCCCCUGAAACAGCCAAGGUCCCUGUGCUGUGGUCUUCGGGAAGAAUGAGAGAAGGGAGCAUGUGAGGCUCUUUAAGGCUGGGCUGGAAGGAGUGGGGAAAGCAUUUCUAGUGGAAGGGUGGCUUUGAACAAAGUUUCGGACACUUGAUCCUAAGAGUAGGACAGAGCAGCGAGGAAGCGUGGUGGAGUCUGGAAACGCCAGGGAACUGAUUGUGUUCAGGUCCAAAGGGCCUAGAGAUGAGGUCAUGCUGGCUGCACUAUCCCCAAGGUUACAACUGCAGUAAAGAUUUCCCAUGGGAUCUGUUUAUAAUGAGCCAUGAACCCCUGAAGGUAAAGAGGUGGUCAAGGCAGUGAAGUAGUGACCACCACUAGUACUUCUGAGAGCAUUCCUAUGUCUGUUUCUCAGGCUAGUCCAAACUACUGGGCUGUCUGUCAUGCCUCAGCCUCCGAUCGUCUGGGACUAUACACCACCAAUCUUGGCUUCUUAGUUUUCUAACGGGACAUCCCUUCUAAGCCCAUCUUUAGUCCCCAGUUCCAGGAAGCACCCCUGCUUUCGUCCCCAUUCUUGGCUUGUUUCUCAGAGCAGGAAAGAAGCAGAAUGAAGUGGUCACAAUUCCUCUGCUUUCAAUUCCCAGCUUUGCUAGUCAUGGGCUGUGUGGUCUUGGGCCAAUCACCGCUUCCUCGAGCCCAUUUAUUUAGACUUCUGUGAAUGAGUGUUUUGCCUGUGUGCAUGUAUGUGCACCACCUGUGUGCCUGGUGCCCCUUGGAGGUCAGAAGAGGGUUAUAUCCCCAGGAAUUAGAGUUAAGAUGGUUCUGAGCCUCCAUUUGGGUGCUGAGACCUGAACCUGGGUUCUCUAGAACAGCAGCCAGCACUCAACCUCUGAGCCAUCUCUUCAGCCCCAAGUCCAUUUAAUUAACCAGCUGGUAAAUGGAUUUAAAACUACUUACCUCAUGGGGCCUGUGAAG